AUGUCGCAUUUCCCACACUCGUCGUUGCUACACUGUCCCUGCCCUCCCCAUUUUGCUCAUUCGUUUCCGUGGCUACCCGCGCAACUUUCGGCAAAGCUCUCUCGAAGUUCGAGCAUAGAGACAACUGGGAGUGACGAGCUGCGUCUCGCGGCUCUUCUGGUACUAAAAUUACGACACCGAGUUUCAACAGAUGACGAAGAUGCUGUGGCGGAUAAGCUGGUCUCUGUCACUCGCGCUCCUCCUCGUGUCGCUAGUCAAAGGCUUGUCGCACAGCAACCCACCGACGAAUCUCAUCCUCAAUGGAGACAUGGAAGAACCCGGGUUUCCGGGUCGAUUAAGUACGUGCGGCUCGAGCACUGGCCCGCAGCCUCCGGCGAUCAUAGCGUCGCUCUCAACGGCCACGGGCCUGCGACUCUCGCGCAGCGUGUGGUAACCCGACCGGGCGAAUUCUACUUCGUGCACUUCGAACUCACUGGGGACCCUGGUUUGGAAGACGAGGGGGCCGUGCGAUCGCUGCGGGUGAGCGUGAUGGACGAGGAAAGUGGGGCUCCAGUUACCGCGCGAACAUACGAAUUCGACACGUUUUCGCACGGAGGUGCGGAAGAGGCGAAACGCAGUCGCGAAGGGAUGGGGUGGCGGUCGCACACGCUUGCGUUCGAAGCACCUGGCGCCGCGGUCACUCUGCUGUUUGCGUCGACGACUCCCGGAAUUCACGGUCCCGUUAUUGACAACGUGCGAGUGCACAAGCAAAAUGCCACGUCAGCGUUCCUCCACUCUCCAAACACGCUCUACCAUUCCCCGACCAUCGACACUGUGGGACCCGCCGCCACCCCCGAGGCGUGCGGGCGACGCUGCCUCGAGAUCCCCGACUGCCGCGGCUUCUCUAUUGACAUCCCCGUUCCCGGUUUAAGCGACGGUUCGGUACAGUGCCAUUUGAAGAUGCAUAUGAAGAAACCAUCCGUGGUAGGGCAGAACCGAGCGGACUCGUACGUUCUGAAGCGCGCCGAGUGCUCGUUUGGGCACAGUAACGCGGUGCAAUGUCCGGACAUGCUGCCUAUAUCGGGGAUGCUGCCCAUGGCGUGUGUUGCGCACAAGUCGGCGAAGCGCCAGACAGAGCACCCCUUCGCCGGAACCUGCAAGGCGCUAAAGCGGACGAAUCUAUGCCCUUACGCGGGUGGUUACUUCGCUAAAGGGUUCGGUAAUAUCGGGAGCGCGGACGACUACAGGCGGUGUUCGUGCGUGGAGGGAUCGGGAGGAAUCGCGCGGUUGCAAUGCGGACACGUGGUGUAA